UCAUCAGAUUUAAACAAUUCUGCAAUCAAAGAUUCGUUAUUGCUUAAACAAAGUUGCUAACUAGGUGCAAUGUGUAUGUGAUUGAAGUUUCUUUCGAUGCAUACAAUAGACCCUUGUGGUCCAACCUUUUCCCGAACUUUGUGCAUUAACAGGAGCUUGAGUGCACCGGCUGCCUUUUUAGAUAAAUUAGAAUUCCUCUUCCAUUUUCUAAUCAGUGAAAGCUAAGACAUUUCUCUAUUAGUUUGCUAGUUACAAUGACAUGGAAGCAAGCGGUAAGCUCUGCGUUCCUUUACUCUAAUCGACUUGUAAAAUCUGUUUGUACAGUUGCAGUUUGUAGUAAUACUAUAAAUCCAGUUCCCAUAAAGCUUCAACAUUAUGCUCAUUAUUCUUCCUUCAAAGUCCAAGUCAUUCAUUCCAAGAAAAUCAAAGAUGGCUCUGCGCACAACUCAUGUAGUAUCAGUAACUAUAUUUUGAAUCUUUACACAAAAAGUAAUCAAUUAGCUUCUGCCCAGAAGCUGUUUGAUGAAAUUCCUCAAAGGGAUGUUCGAACCUGGACGAUACUCAUUUCAGGUUUUGCUCAAUUUGGGGUUUAUGUAAAUGCAUUAUUAUUUUUUAUUAAGAUGCAAAAAGAGGGUAUUGUUAUUCCUAAUGAGUUCACUUUAUCUAGUGUUCUCAAGUGUUGUUGUUCUAGUAUUAGUAACGGGCUUCGAUUAGGUAAGUCCAUCCAUGGCUGGAUUAUUACUGCUGCUGCCAUUGAUUUGGAUGUUGCAUUGGAGAAUGCUAUGCUUGAUCUUUACGUGAAAUGUGAGGCUAUCGAUUAUGCUGAAAGGUUCUUUGAAACGAUGAGUUAUAAAAAUGUGGUAUCAUGGAAUAUAAAGUUGGCGGGAUAUUUGGCUACGGAAGAUGUGGAGAGAAGUGUUAAGCUCUUUGAAAUGAUGCCUGAGAAGGAUGUUUCGAGCUGGAAUACAAUCAUUGAUGGACUUAUGCGACAUGGGUUUCAUAGGCAUGCACUUAAGCUCCUACGCCAAAUGACCUUAGAUUGUCCUUCUUUUAACGAAGUUACUUUUUCUAUAUCAUUAGCUUUGAUGUCUUCCCUUAGAGAUCUCGAAUUAGGGAGGCAGAUCCAUGGUAAAGUGAAGAGGUUGUCGAUAGACAAAGACAUGCUUGUAAGGGCCUUGUUGAUUGAUAUGUAUUGUAAAUGUGGUCAAAUGGAGAAGGCUUCUACGAUUUUCCAAGAAUUACGUGAAGUUACUAGUGAAGUACAACAUUCACAUUAUGUUCCAUGGAGUACAAUUAUAUCAGGUUAUAUUCACAAUGGCAUGCUAAAAGAUGCUUUAGAUGUUUUUAGCUCCAUGGUACGGGAUCGAUUGGAAGUUGAUGUGUUUACACUGUCAAGCAUUCUCAGUGCUUCUGCAAAUUGUGGGCUUUUGGAACUUGGUUGGCAGAUUCAUGGCUAUGUCCAAAAACUUGGACAUAUAUCGGACAUAUUUUUAAUUUCAGCAAUUAUUGACAUGUAUGCCAAAUGCGGAAAGCUAGAUUCUGCUCGGUUGUUUUUUGAGCAAACGAAAACUUGGAAUAUUGUGGUGUGGACUAAUAUGAUAAACAGUUAUGCUAUACAUGGAAAAGGAUUGGACGCUGUUCAGUUAUUUGAGUGUAUGCUGAAUCAGAGGAUUGCACCCAAUGAAGUAAGUUUCGUCAGUCUUUUAACUGCAUGUGGUCAUGCAGGUUUGGUGAAAGAAGGAUGCAAGUAUUUUAGGUUGAUGAAGCAAGUUUAUGGCAUCAAGCCUGGUGUUGAACAUUUUUCUUGUAUGGUUGAUCUUUUCGGCCGAGCAGGUUGUUUAGAGGAGGCUUAUAAUUUCAUUCAUGAGCACGGCAUCUCUAACAUGUCUGAGGUUUGGAAGGUACUCUUAUCUUCUUGCUUGCUGCAUAAAAAUGUAAAGAUGGCAAGACAUGUUUCUGAGAAAUUGCUCGAACUUAAGCCGAGUGAACAUAGUCCCUACAUUCUGUUGUCAAAUACUUGUUCAGAGCAUGAAAAUUGGGAUGAAGCAUCAAAUUUAAGGGGUUUGAUGCAGGAGAGGAAAAUUAUGAAACAUCCAGGCCAAUCAUGGACUUAGCUGGAGAUUGAAAUCAAGAAUUUCACAGGUCAAUGAUUAUUGAAACAAGCUGCCGUGCAACUGAAGGCACGCGCCUCUGAGAAUGACAUAAGUUUGGGCAUGUGAGAUGCAGAAGAGGAAGAUAAAGAGCAGGCACAUACGGAUACUGCUUUGGAUCACCAGAUGCAUCAGUUGCAGUGCCCCUGUAUUCAGUCCCCCAGCCUGAACUCUAGUGCCAUAAGUUUGCCACAUACUUUACUGUUCUAAGGUUUUAUUCGGAGAUUACCAGUACCAGUUUAUACGUUGGGUACUAGUGGCUCUGAAGAGAAUCUACAUUUUUACUUGAAGAAGGCUCCUUUUUAACAGAACGUGGUGGCGAAGUAACUUACCAUGGUCCUGGUCAGGUGGUUGGAAAUUAGCUGCAAUUGUCAUUCGAGUAUCUCAGUGUGUCACUUAUCAUGGUCUAACACUGAAGGUCACCACAGAUCCGUCACCCUUUCAACAGAUAGUUCCAUGUGGGAUCCGCGAUCAUCAAGUUGGAAGCAUAAAAUGACUGCUGAGGGAGCACUCGCUCUAAUGGCGGUGGUACAGAAAACCAUCAGGACAUUGAUGAUGUCCAACUUAUUGAUAUUACUCAUAAAUCUUUAGUUAGGAGUUUUCUGAAGUUUUUCAAGUUGAUCUCCAAUGUAAACCUACACCUCUUUUAAUUUCGUGAGAAAAUCCUCCUCUUGGCUUGAUUAGGGAAACACUUAUAUUCUUGGAAAGUGAAUUAUUCAACAGAUUAUACAGAAAGAUCAGACAUGCUUUUAGGACA